GCGACGGAGGCCCCGCCCCGGACACGCCCCCUCCUUCCCGGUCCCAGGACGCGUUGCGCGGCCCGGGCCGGAAGUCGCGAGUGCCCGGGCGAGAGUCCGGGUCUGCGUCUCCCAGCCGCGCGGCCGCGUCCACCGCCGGGGGUCUCCGUGGGAGGCGUCACUGCUGUCACGACCGUCACCUCACGGAGCCGCUUCUAGACAAGAGCAGGCCCGGCCCUUAGCCGGGCGAAGAUGUUGCCCCUGUCCAUCAAGGACGAUGAAUACAAACCGCCCAAGUUCAAUCUGUUGGGCAAGAUCUCGGGCUGGUUUAGGUCCAUCCUGUCGGACAAGACGUCUCGGAACCUGUUUCUCUUCCUGUGCCUGAACCUGUCCUUCGCUUUCGUGGAACUCCUCUACGGCAUCUGGAGCAACUGCUUGGGCUUGAUCUCCGACUCGUUUCACAUGUUUUUCGAUAGCACUGCCAUUUUGGCUGGGUUGGCAGCCUCUGUUAUUUCAAAGUGGAGAGAUAAUGAUGCUUUCUCCUAUGGGUAUGUGAGAGCGGAAAUUCUGGCUGGCUUUGUCAAUGGACUCUUUUUGAUCUUCACUGCUUUUUUUAUUUUCUCAGAAGGAGUUGAGAGAGCACUAGCCCCUCCAGAUGUACAUCAUGAGAGACUGCUGCUUGUUUCAAUUCUUGGAUUUGUGGUAAAUCUAGUAGGAAUAUUUGUUUUCAAGCAUGGAGGUCAUGGACAUUCUCAUGGCUCUGGCCACGGGCACAGCCAUUCCCUCUUCAAUGGUGCUCUGGAUCCCGCAUAUGGCCAUGGAGAUCACUGCCACAGUCACGAGGUGAAGCAUGGUGCUGCCCAUAGCCACGACCAUGCUCACGGCCACGGCCACUUCCGUUCGCACGAUGGUCCCUCCUUAAAAGAAACAGCUGGACCCAGCAGACAGAUUUUACAAGGUGUAUUUUUACACAUUCUGGCAGAUACACUGGGGAGUAUUGGUGUCAUUGCCUCAGCCAUCAUGAUGCAGAAUUUUGGUCUGAUGAUAGCAGAUCCCAUCUGUUCUAUCCUUAUAGCCAUACUUAUAGUUGUAAGUGUUAUUCCUCUUUUAAAAGAGUCAGUUGGAAUAUUAAUGCAGAGAACUCCUCCCACGUUGGAAAAUACUUUGCCUCACUGCUAUCAGAGGGUGCAGGAGCUACAGGGAGUUUAUAGUUUACAAGAACAGCACUUCUGGACCUUAUGUUCUGAUGUUUACGUUGGGACCAUAAAAUUAGUAGUAGCACCUGAUGCUGAUGCUAGGUGGAUUUUAAGCCAAACGCACAAUAUUUUUACUCAGGCCGGGGUGAGACAGCUCUAUGUACAGAUUGACUCUGCCGCCAUGUAGUGAAUAAAAUUGCUCUUUCCGGACCAAAUUCUUCUGGUACUGUACAGUCCAAAACAUUGUACCCGGCUCUUUACAAUGGAGAAAUCGCCAGAAUUCUUAGCACCAAGUGACCAGGUAGUCCUCUGUGGGGAGUUCACAGCCGAGGGAUCACAACUAAGAGGUUAUCUCCUGGACUUCCGGUCUUGUCUUUUGUGCUCUUCCCCCCAAGCCGUUCUUCAUUCUGAUCUCUGAGGUUUGUGGUUUUGUUCGAGGGUGUUGGCUUGUCCUUUUAUGGGGGAGGGAGGGAGGGAGGGAGGUUUCACCCAAAUUCCCCAUCCCCUCAUCGCCGCCAGUGAGGGACUGAGGCUGCGGCCCAACCAUCUGGAAAGUCUCCGCUGAAGCUGCUGGAAAUCACUGCUUUCACUCCCACAAAACCAGUGUUCUUCAAAAAAGAAGUGGAAAUCUGUUUUAUAUAUAAUGUCACGGUUGCUGACGUUCUUCAGUAUAAUCAUAUGUUUGUACAAUUGUUUGUACCUCGCAAACUUAUGAACCAAACCAUAUUGGGUUUUCAAAGUGCCUUUGUAUCAGGAAAUGUAUUUGCCAGCAUAGAACUGUACCAUCACAGGUCAUGUAUUUUUUUUUUAAUGGCUAUUCUGUAAUCGUACAAAAUAAGACUCUUGCUAGUAGACAGAUUGUCCUUUUAUGUACUUCAGCAUAUGUUUAGAUAUAUAAAAGUUUUUUAUUGUUUUAUCUCAUCAAAGAAGGUGUUAUCUUGCUUUUUAAAGCAGUCAGUAAUCACAUUAAACUACUUUGUGAACUGGUUUUUCAAAAUUUUACAAAUGCAUUUAUUAGUGAGAAAAUUGUUUUGACCUAAAUUGCUAAAUUCCAGAUUUCUAUACAAGCUGUGUCUGUGGUUAAUCUUUCUACUGCUUUCCUUGCCAUCUGUAUACGUUUUAUUAAUGACCACAAGAGGCAUAGUAGGCUGCAGGCAGAAAUGGUACGGCAGCGUUAUUUUGUGUUUUCAUUCUUCAGAUGCCAAGUCAUGCAAUAUGUUUUCCUGUUUAAGCUUUGAAUACCAACCAUUGCUUUCAAAAUCCUGUGGCAGCAUUUGGUUGAGUUUGAACUCCUAAAGAUCUGGAACAGAUUUGGUGAGGUAGAAUCUUGUAACACAGAUAUCUUAGAAGUAAAUGAAUAGUCUAGGUUCUUAGGUAUUUGAAAAAUGAAAUUACAAUAUGAGAUCUCAAGUGCUUGAAAACUCUACUGAAGUAUUCCCAGUGUUUUAUGAAAGGGAUAUUGAUUUAGAUACAUACUUACCAUUAUGUUUCAUUUUACCAUAACAUAGACCCGUUUCAAGUUUAAACAAUUGAAAUCGUUGAGGAAAAGGCCUUUCAGGUUGAAAAUGACUAGUUCUAGUAUAGAUCAAUAAAAAGUACUUUUUCAGUAAGGUGGCAGAAUUCACUGUUGAUUUUUGCCUGGAUUUUAAAAUACAUUUCCAUCACUUCUCUUACAAUUUAUGAACUCUUCUAUCAGUAUUGGCAAAAUGACACCACUUUCUUCAUGUUUUUCUAAGCUACUGUGAACUGCCAUGAAAUGUCCAUAGUCUCCUUUUUUAAAAUAAGGAGAUAACUUUAAAACUAUGUUUCGUCACUGCCUGGCCAUUCUAAAACUAAGAAUCUUGCAGGGAAUUGUGUUUCAUUGGAAUAAAUGUUGAGGUCUUUUAGGAGGGAGAGCACAGAAGCACAUGACCCGAUAUGUAACUUUGGCUUUCUCAUUACAAGCAGUCAUUUGGAAGUUUGAACCACUACCAAGUCUGGUAGAACUUUGGGUUAUUCCAUGGGUUUUGGCAUAUUAUAGAAAAUGACAGGUUAGAUGAAGGCAGAGAUACUGGAUGUGUGCCUUCACAAACUCAUUAUGUGUAACUAUAUUGAUAUUUCACAUAUGGAGAUAAUUGUUAUGUUUUCUAAAACUUACUAGUGCGUCUUACAGACCCAAUUCUGCCUUUUAGUGAGCGCUCCAUUCCUUGCCAAAGUAUGCUGUCACUUCUUUUUUUUUUUUUUUUUUUUUUUUGGUUUUUCUCCGGUACCGGGAACCGAACUCACGACCUUGCGCUUGCCAGGCAGGCGCUUUGCCGCUGAGCUAAAUCCCCAGCCCCCUGCUGUCACUUCUUUUAGCUCCCCACUUCCUGCACUAAUCCAUGAUUUUUCUCCUUGACAUAGCAUAGUGUUCGGUAUGACGCUAAUUUUGCACUUUUUACCGGGAGAUCACCAGACCAUAUUAUUUAACAGGUUGGCAUUAGUAUUUACACUUUACAGUUCACCUGUGUGUACAACAGAAACAAAAAUCACCAAGGAAGAACAGCUUCUCCCUGGGAGUACUUUGUCUCGUUGUUCCCGGCACAGAUGUAUCACUAAAACAGGUAUUUCACUGAGAAACACCACCCGACAGUGGCUCUAAGCAAAUUGAGAAGUUAGUGUUCCUAACCUAAUGCUACCUCUUACAGAACGAAAUCUGUAUCUGGGGGUAAAUUUGCCAGUAUUUUAGAUACCCUUGGGGAAAAAUUGUAUUGUUCCGGGAAAGUUUACUGUAAACGUUCCCAAACAGAAAUAUACUACUAGUUUUCAAAGUCCAUUCUACUACUCACGAUGAAGGGCUGAACGUCUGUGCAGCUUGCUCGCUUCGCUAACUCGCGAGCGUCUGUGUGAAGGGCAGUACCAAGCUCACGUGCAGGUCAGUGCUCCUCGUGCCGUCGUCGGUGCCCUUCGUAUGCAGCAGACGCACAGGAGAGUGGGACAGAUGUCACCGCUUCGGCGAUCUUUAAAGCCAGCUCACACACCUGUCAGAUGGUAACUCAGAAUGCUGCUCGGAUGAGUUCUCUGCUGUGGGAUAAGUUUUUACAAAACACAUCAUGGUGAGAUUAAAAGGAUUACACGGCUUAAUACAGAGGUCUUCGCAGGGACCAUGCUAGGAAGUAGACCGCUUCUGUCAGUUUACAGACGAGAAAAAGCAAGCCCUGAAAAGCGGUUGCUUACGCGGAGUCACAGAGCUCAUCAGCCCACGGUAAAGCCAAGGCGAAGUUCAGACCUCCUGACUCCACGUCAGUACUGUAGUUCUUUAGUGUGCUCUUCCCAGUGUAACGUUCGCCCGUCUGCACAUGUGGGUUAAAUAUUGUUUGUGAAUAAAGGACGUGUGACCUCCA